CACAUCACAGCUCACUCCCUACUAGUAGACAAUUAUUACUGUUAUUUUGACAGUACCCCUGCUCUCUUGCUUUCGCUGCGCAAUCUCUCUUCCCCUUUUCUUUGCUCGCAUUGCUCUCCGGCUGGCUCCGUCGCGUCGAUUUGUAACCCUCGGCCUCGCUUGGCUGCUCCUCGGUUCCGGAGCUCUCGCGGCUGGAAAACUUCCCUCUCUUUUGCUUUGUCUCGUUUCUGCUGAUGUUCUUAUCCACCGGAUGCUAACGGCGGCGGAGGAAACCUUCAAGGUUGGUUAACGAGUUGGCUGCAUCUUUGGGUGCAUUUUCUUGUUAGUGGUUAAGAUAAUGGAAGAUUACACAUCAAGCAGUGGUUAUCGGUUUAGAAGGAUACAACACCAACUGUGUGCUUCUAAUCCAGAGUUCGAACCAUUGCUAAAUGAAAAUAUGGAUCAAUGGCCACACCUUAACGAGUUGAUUCAGUGCUACAAAGCUGAUUGGCUGGUGGAUGAAAACAAGUACGGACGCUAUGAAAGUAUUGCGCCACCCUCUUUUCCAAAUCAAAUAUAUGAAGGGCCUGAUACUGAUAUGGAAACUGAGAUGCGCCUUGCCAGUGAAAGGAUUUCUAAGAAUGAAGAUGCUAGUUAUGAUGAUGUCCCCAGUACUUCAGGGAGACAAAUGUCUGAAAUCAGCUUACAUAAGUCAUCCUUCAAUUGUCAGGACAUGCAUUUUGGUGAGUGUCCACUCCCACCUUAUGAACCAGCUUUUGACUGGGAAAAUGAAAGAUCACUAAUAGUUGGUCAAAGGACUCCUGAAACUCUACCAACCCAUACCAGUGGAUUGAAGAUAACUGUGAAGGUGCUGUCAUUAUCAUUCCAAGUUGGACUAAUUGAGCCUUUUUAUGGCACAAUUUGUUUAUAUAACAGAGACAGGAAAGAAAAAUUGUCUGAGGACUUCCACUUCCGUGUUUUGCCAACUGAAGGACAGGAUGUUAACACUUCUUUGUUACAUCGUGCUGUUUUCUCCUUGGAUGCCCCCUCAGCGUCAAUUUGCCUGCUUAUUCAACUUGAGAGGACAGCUACUGAGGAAGGAGGAGUUACAACUUCUGUUUAUUCUCGUAAGGAACCUGUUCAUAUGGCUGAGAGAGAAAAGCAGAAACUCCAAGUUUGGUCAAGGAUCAUGCCUUGCCGACAAUCAUUUGCAUGGACGAUAUUUCCAUUGUUUGAAAGCAACAAUGUUGCUGCCGCUGGUGGUGCUGUAUCUCCUAGCAGUCCUCUUACUCCCAAUGUAUCUGGCCCAACCCCUCUAGAUACUUUUGCUGAACAUGUUUCAAAAAUCACUUUGGAUGGCAAACAAGCUCAAUAUUCAAGUGGAAGCUCUGUUAUUGUGGAGAUAUCAAAUUUAAACAAAGUCAAAGAGAGUUAUACAGAGGACUUACUUCUGGAUCCUAAAAGAAAAGUACACAAGCCUGUUAAAGGUGUAUUGAAAUUGGAGGUUGAAAAACUUCAUACAUCACUCAUUGAUGUGGACAAUAUUUCUGACGGUGGAAGCAUAAUCAAUGACUCAAAUGAUGCUGGUGAUCGUUUUAUUGAAACUUCUUUAGGAAAGCAUCAUAGCAAUGGUCCUGAUAUCCCCAGGAGUGGUAGUUUGAAGUUCAUUGGCAUUAAUCGAAAGGAUAUUUGUAGGAAUGUGUCAAUUCCAGCUGGAGAAGAUCAUCCUGAUUUUAGUGAUCAUUUUCAAGCUUUUGAUUUUCGGAGGAUGACUAGAAGCGAGCCAUUCUCGCAACUUUUCCAUUGUCUUUAUGUUUAUCCUUUAACUGUUAGCUUGGGUCGUAAAAGAAAUUUGUUCAUAAGGAUAGAAAUGCGAAAGGAUGAUGCUGACAUCCAAAAGCAGCCAUUAGAGGCUGUAUUUCCAAAGGAACAAGGUCAAACUCUUGAAAAGUAUGCUCAUACACAAAUUGCAGUUGGAGCUAGAAUGGCGUGCUACCAUGAUGAAGUUAAACUUUGCCUCCCUGCUAUUUUGACACCCCAGCACCAUCUCUUGUUUACUUUUUUUCAUGUUGAUCUUCUGAUGAAACUUGAAGCUCCCAAGCCUGUGAUUAUUGGUUAUGCUGCACUUCCUUUGACUUCCCACAUUCAGCUGCUGUCUGACGUAUCUUUGCCUAUUUUGAGAGAGCUGGUUCCUCAUUAUCUCCAAGAUAAUAGCAAGGAGAGACUGCACUUUCUAGAGGAUGGAAAAAAUGUCUUCAAAUUACGCUUGAGGUUGUGCUCUUAUUUGAUCCCUGUCAAUGAGCGAAUCCGUGAUUUUUUUCUUGAGUAUGACCGGCAUAAUCUCCGAACAAGUCCACCUUGGGGAUCAGAACUUCUUGAGGCAAUUAACAGCUUAAAGAAUGUUGACUCCACUGCCUUAUUACAGUUUCUCCAACCAAUACUUAAUUUGCUCCUCCAUCUUAUUGGUGAUGGUGGUGAAACCCUGCAGGUUGCAGCAUUUCGAGCUAUGGUUAACAUUCUAACCAGGGUACAACAAGAAUCAUCUGAUGGAGCUGAUCGAAAUAGUUUUCUUGUGAAAUAUGUUGACUAUGCAUUUAAUGAUUUUGGUGGUCGGCAAGCACCAGUUUAUGCUGGUUUGUCUACAGUGUGGGGUAGCUUGGCACGCAGUAAGGCCAAAGGCUAUAGAGUUGGGCCUGUUUAUGAUGAUGUGUUGGCAAUGGCAUGGUUCUUCUUGGAAUUGAUUGUGAAGUCAAUGGCCUUAGAACAAAGUCGUCUGUUUUACCACAGUCUUCCUUCAGGCGAAGAUGUUCCACCCUUGCAGUUGAAGGAAGGUGUUUUUCGGUGUAUCAUACAGCUUUAUGAUUGCCUCCUGACAGAGGUUCACGAACGUUGCAAAAAGGGUUUAGGCUUAGCAAAACGCUUGAAUAGCUGUCUGGCUUUCUUUUGUUAUGACUUGUUGUCCAUAAUUGAGCCACGACAAGUGUUUGAACUGGUUUCAUUAUAUAUUGACAAGUUUGCUGGUGUUUGCCAAUCAGUUUUGCAUGACUGCAAGCUAACAUUUUUGCAAAUCAUAUGUGAUCACGAUCUCUUUGUGGAGAUGCCUGGGAGAGAUCCUUCAGAUAGAAAUUACCUUUCAUCAGUUCUAAUCCAGGAAAUAUUCCUCACCUUGGAUCAUGACGAUUUAUCACAGAGGGCAAAAGCAGCUCGCAUCUUAGUGGUUCUAAUGUGCAAGCAUGAGUUUGAUUCUCGUUACCAAAAACAGGAGGAUAAGUUAUAUAUUGCUCAGUUGUAUUUCCCUUUUAUUGGACAGAUAUUGGAUGAGAUGCCAGUGUUCUAUAAUUUAAAUGCCACUGAAAAACGUGAAGUUUUAAUUGUCAUAUUGCAAAUUAUAAGGAACUUGGAUGGUCCAUCACUUGUUAAAGCAUGGCAACAAAGUAUAGCACGAACCAGACUGUUCUUUAAACUCCUAGAAGAGUGUCUUGUUCACUUUGAGCACAAGAAACCAGCAGAUAGCAUGUUAUUGGGAUGUAGUUCGCGUCGCCCUGACAAUGAAGGACAUGAUUCUCCAAAGUACUCCGAUCGUCUUUCACCAUCGAUUAAUACAUAUUUAUCUGAAGCAUCUCGUCAAGAAGUUAGGGGGACGCCUGAAAAUGGAUAUCUAUGGCACAGGGUCAGUCCUCAGCUAAGUUCACCUAACCAACCAUAUUCUUUAAGGGAAGCUCUUGCACAAGCACAAUCUUCUAGAAUUGGAGCAACAACCAGAGCUUUGCGAGAGUCUCUACAUCCUAUACUGAGGCAAAAGUUGGAAGUUUGGGAAGAAAAUUUGAGUACAGCAGUCAGUCUUCAAGUUCUUGAGAUUGCUGACAAGUUCUCUGUUGCUGCAGCAUCUCAAAGUAUUGCUACUGACUAUGGGAAACUAGAUUGCAUCACAUCCAUGAUGAUGGGUCUUUUUUCCCGGAGUCAACCAUUGGCUUUUUGGAAAGCUUUCUUUUCUGUGUUGAACAAUAUAUUCAGUGUUCAUGGAGCAACACUGAUGGCAAGAGAGAACGAUCGUUUCUUGAAGCAAAUAGCAUUUCACCUUUUACGCCUUGCAGUUUUUCGUAAUGAUUCCAUCAGGAAAAGGGCUGUCCUUGGACUACAGAUACUUAUCAGGAAUUCAUUUUACUAUUUCACGAAUACAACACGACUGAGAGUUAUGCUGACAAUUACCUUGUCAGAGUUGAUGUCCGAUGUACAAGUGACUCAGAUGAAGCCUAAUGGCAGUCUCGAAGAGAGUGGUGAAGCUCGGCGUCUCAGGAAAUCGUUGGAAGAAAUGGCAGACUGCACGAUGACUGUGCAGUUUAUAAAUGAUUGUGGACUACCUGGAAAUGCACUUGAGGCAUUUUCCGAAAAUUCAACCGAUAAUCUUUGGUCUUGGUCAGAGGUUAAAUAUUUGUCAGACAGUCUUCUUCAGGCCCUUGAUGCAGCCCUUGAGCAUGCAGUUUUGGCUUCUGUUAUGACCAUAGAUAGGUAUGCAGCUGCUGAAAGCUAUCAUAAGCUUGCGAUGGCUUAUGCAUCUGUUCCAGACCUUCACAUUAUGUGGUUACUGCAUCUAUGUGAUGCACAUCAGGAGAUGCAAUCAUGUGCAGAAGCAGCUCAAUGUGCAGUUGCUGUAGCUGGUGUCAUUAUGCAGGUGAGAGUUGCUUCAGUUUUUCCCUUUCUUAGUUGGCUUCUUGCACUUAUGACUUUUCUUUGUCAGGCCCUUGUUGGGAGGAAUGAUGCAGUUUGGAAUAGGGAACAUGUAGCUUCUUUGUCCAAGAUUUGCCCUAUGGUUAGCAAUGCAGUUGCCUCUGAAGCAUCUGCAGCUGAGGUGGAAGGAUAUGGUGCAUCAAAACUCACUGUGGAUUCUGCAGUUAAAUACCUUCAGCUUGCUAACAAGCUUUUCUCACAGGCGGAGCUUUAUCAUUUUUGUGCCAACAUUUUGGAACUCAUAAUUCCAGUCUAUAAAAGCAGGAGGGCUUACGGCCAACUUGCUAAGUGUCACACUUCCCUUUCCAGUAUUUAUGAUUCAAUACUUGAGCAGGAAUCAAGCCCCAUUACUUUUAUAGAUGCCACCUACUACCGAGUUGGAUUUUAUGGAACUCGGUUUGGAAAGCUGGAUAGGAAGGAGUAUGUGUAUCGGGAGCCACGAGAUGUUCGUCUAGGUGACAUAAUGGAGAAGCUUAGUCGCAUAUAUGAGUCUAAGAUUGAUGGAAGUCAUACCCUGCAUAUUAUACCAGAUUCUAGACAAGUCAAUGCAGAAGAAUUGCAACCUGAUGUCUGUUAUCUACAAAUAACAGCUGUGGACCCUGUUAUGGAGGAUGAGGACCUCGAGAGUCGAAGGGAGAGAAUUUUUUCUUUGUCCACUGGAAGUGUGCGGGCCAGGGUUUUCGACAGGUUCUUGUUUGAUACCCCGUUUACUAAAAAUGGGAAGACCCAAGGAGGCUUAGAGGAUCAAUGGAAAAGACGAACUGUACUCCAAACUCAGGGUUCAUUUCCUGCUUUGGUGAACAGGCUUUUGGUUGUCAAAUCCGAAUCCUUGGAGUUUUCUCCAGUAGAAAAUGCUAUUGGAAUGAUAGAAACCAGGACAGCUGCUCUAAGAAAUGAGCUAGAAGAGCCACGUAGCUCAGAAAAUGAUCAACUCCCACGUCUUCAAAGUCUACAGAGGAUACUCCAAGGAAGUGUUGCAGUGCAGGUGAACAGCGGAGUUCUUAGUGUAUGCAAGGCUUUUUUAUCCGGUGAGCCUGCUACAAGGCUUCGGUCUCAAGAAUUGCAGCAACUUAUAGCGGCCCUGCUUGAAUUUAUGGCUGUUUGCAAACGGGCAAUCCGAGUACAUUUUAGGCUGAUUGGCGAAGAAGAUCAGGACUUCCACACACAGCUUGUAAAUGGAUUCCAGUCCCUUACAGCUGAACUAUCGCACUACAUUCCUGCCAUCCUUUCCGAGCUUUAACUCUCGUUUCUAUGUAACAACCUGAUCGUCUGCUGCUUGUGUUUUAUUACUAGCGAUGAUGCUCAUUGUUGUAAGAGUAAUUUUGUUGUAUAUGCUUCAUGCCAACUUGAACUACGCUUCUCCAUCUUUCCUCUAUUGUUAUGAUCCUUCUAAGUGUUUCUGCAAGAGAGAACCAUUCCUAGAAUUUA